UCUGCUGCAGCAGCGGCGGCGGCGUACACGCUGAAUAAGCUUGUUUAUCAGGAUUAGUUUUUUCUCUCGGCAUUAUUUUUUUUUAUAAUAAAGUGGUGAAAAUGUCCAGGAGGCGACACAGCGAUGAGAACGAUGGAGGACAGGCUCAUAAGAGGAGGAGAACGUCAGAACCAAUAGAGAUCGAGGACCGCCUGGAGUCACUGAUUUGUCGCGUCGGGGAAAAGAGCACAUCGUCUCUUGAGAGCAACCUGGAGGGUCUCGCGGGCGUCUUAGAGGCCGACCUUCCCAACUACAAAAACAAAAUCCUGCGUAUUUUAUGUUCCGUCGCCCGCCUCCUGCCCGAGAAGCUGACCGUCUACACGACCCUGGUCGGCCUCCUCAACGCCAGGAACUACAACUUCGGCGGGGAGUUUGUGGAGGCCAUGAUCCGGCAGCUGAAGGAGACGCUGAAAAACAACUUCUACAACGAAGCCGUUUAUCUGGUGCGCUUCCUGUCCGAUUUGGUCAACUGUCAUGUGAUCGCUGCUCCCUCCAUGGUGGCCAUGUUUGAGAAUUUUGUCAGUGUUACUCAGGAGGAGGACGUACCCCAGGUCCGGUCGGACUGGUUCGUGUACGUCGUUCUGUCCUGUCUGCCGUGGGUCGGUAAGGAGCUUUAUGAGAAGAAAGACGUGGAGAUGGACCGGCUCCUGAGCCAGAUCGAAGGCUACCUCAAGAGGAGAGUGAAGACUCAUGUCCCCAUGCUGCAGGUGUGGACCGCCGAGAAGCCCCACCCACAGGAAGAGUACCUGGACUGCCUCUGGGCUCAGAUCCAGAAGCUGAAGAAGGAYCGCUGGCAGGAGCGCCACAUCUUGCGGCCGUACAUCGCCUUCGACAGCGUGCUCUGYGAGGCCCUGCAGCACAACCUGCCCCCCUUCACCCCGCCGGGCCACAUGCCCGACGCCCAGUACCCUGUGCCCCGGGUCGUCUUCCGGAUGUUCGACUACACCGACGCCCCGGAGGGACCCGUCAUGCCCGGCAGCCAUUCUGUGGAGAGGUUCGUCAUCGAAGAGAACCUGCAGUGCAUCAUCAAGACUCACUGGAAGGAGAGGAAAACCUGCGCUGCGCAGUUACUUAGUUAUCCAGGGAAAAACAAGAUCCCGCUCAACUAUCACAUCGUGGAGGUGAUCUUUGGAGAACUGUUCCAGCUGCCCGUGCCGCCGCACAUCGACGUGAUGUACACCACGCUGCUGAUAGAGCUCUGCAAGCUGCAGCCGGGCUCGCUGCCCCAAGUUCUGGCUCAGGCCACAGAGAUGCUCUACAUGAGACUGGACACCAUGAACACCUCCUGCAUAGACAGAUUCAUCAACUGGUUUUCUCAUCAUCUGAGCAACUUCCAGUUCCGGUGGAGCUGGGACGACUGGUCCGACUGUUUGGCCCUGGAUCUGGAGAUGCCCAAGCCCAAGUUCGUCAAAGAAGUUCUGGAGAAAAGUAUGAGGCUCUCGUACCAUCAGAGGAUCGUGGACAUCGUCCCGCCAACGUUCUCCGCCCUCAUCCCGGCCGAACCCAUCUUUACGUUUAAAUACGAAGACGAGAGCGCUGCUUCGUUACCGGGGUAUCCGGUUUCCAUCAUGGUCGCGAACGCCAUCAAGAACCGAGCGUCCAACGAGGAAAUCCUCACCGCCCUGAAGGAAGUCCCGAACCCAAACCAGGAAGACGACGACGACGAGGGCGAGAGCUUCAACCCCCUGAAGAUAGACGUCUUCCUGCAGACUCUUCUCCACCUGGCAGCCAAAUCUUUCAGCCACUCCUUCAGCGCCCUCGCCAAAUUCCACGAGAUCCUGAAGACUCUGACGGACAGCGACGACGGGAAGCUGCACAUCCUGAAAGUGGUGUACGAAGUKUGGAGGAAGCACCCGCAGAUGAUCGCAGUGUUGGUGGACAAAAUGAUCCGGACGCAGAUCGUGGACUGCGCCGCCGUGGCCAACUGGCUCUUCUCUCAGGACAUGGCCCACGAGUUCACCAGACUUUUCGUCUGGGAGAUCCUGCACUCCACCAUCCGGAAGAUGAACAAACAUGUCCAGAAGAUCCAGAAGGAGCUGGAGGAGUCCAAAGACAAGCUGGAGAAGCAGCAGCACAAGAGGAGGGACAGCGGGGACGACGAGGACAUGGAGAAGAACAGCGAGGACGAGGAGGGUCAGCUGGAGGAGCAGAUCGAGAGGCUGCAGGAGAAGGUGGAGUCGGCUCAGAGCGAACAGAAGAACCUCUUCCUCGUCAUCUUCCAGCGUUUCAUCAUGUUGCUGACGGAGCAUCUGGUCCGCUGUGAGACGGGCAGCGUGGACAUCAGCAUACCCUGGUACAAAAACUGCAUCGAGAGGCUGCAGCAGGUCUUCCUCAUGCACCACGGAACCAUCCAGCAGUACAUGGGGACCCUGGAGAACCUGCUGUUCACAGCUGAGCUGGACCCACACAUCCUGGCCGUGUACCAGCAGUUCUGCGCCCUGCAGCUCUGAGACCGACCAAGUCUUGCAUCAAGAACCCCCUUCCUCCCCGUCGUGUUUUUGAUUUUAAUUUAACCGUCUCGCGUUCGGUGCCAACGAUAAGAACUCACCCAGGAGUCCUUCGUUAGUUUACUGUAACUACUUUUCUUUGUGUUUAGUUUGUUUCAGCUCCUGCUCGUGUUCUUAUGAAUGGAUAUUUUUUAAACCUGUUUGGAGAAACGUUCAUARGAAAGCAGGCCGAGGCCGGAGAGCGCUCUACUUUUUUAUAUUUGUUUUACGUGGAACAGGGACGUGAUUAAAGCUCCUUGGAGUCUUUAUCCA